CUUCCCUCCCUCUUUUCUUGCCCCAGACACCGAGUAUGUCACGCCUGUUGAAUUUCCGCCAUAGACAACUAGCGGCGCGGAUUUCCUGGCAAGGGCGGUGCGUCUUUGAUCAGGAUGUCGACCGCAUCAUGAAGUAAAGCUCCAUCUUGCCGCCCCGCACCCCGCCGUGUGCCAUCGCUCAGUCACCGUGCACCGCUACGCUCUUGAGGGAGCAGUACUAGGCUUAUAAGUAGGUUAGAGAUCACUCAUGGCGGGCCACCCGUCUCGCGAGCAGUAUCUAGACACCAUAGGCAGUCUCCUAGGUUCCCGUCAAAGCGCAAGCAACGGCAGCGUCAGCACGAACGCCAGUGCUCCUACUACCGCUAUCCGCGCGAGUCGCGUCGGGGGGGCGACUCGGAGUGCUGGUAAGCGCCGUAGCAUGCUGUCCAACGAGAAAGCGUUAAUGAAUGACGCCGACCAGCACGGGUUCGGUUCAUUAUGCAGUUCAGUCACCCCGAAAUCGGCCAAAAUAGAUCCCGAUAGUAUCACUCCUGGUACGGGCGUUAUCGAGAUUCUUGGCAACGCCAGCCGUGCUGCCAGUAACAGUAACGCGCCGUCGGCGCAACACCACCACCCGUUCGACGUGCACCGCUUCCCCCGGCUCUCCCGGCAUCUGGAUCUCGCUUCCGCCUUCGCAUCAGUAACGGAGGGAUGCGCAACGAUCUCCACGCGCGCGCGUGGAGAGCUGGAUCUGCGCCACUUCCGCCAGCUCCUCGCAGCAGAGGGUUUAGAGAGCCAGUUUCUCGGGAAUCGGAUUUGGGAUACUACCCCCGCGACGGCGGCGGAGACGCGGGCGCAAGGCGGGGGGGACGCCGCCGCGGCCGACGUUAGCAGCUGCUACGGGCGCCACAACAGCGAUGAAGGCGGUGGCCGUUGCGGCGGUCGCGGCGGCGGCGGUGUCGGCGGCGGCGGCAGAAACGUGGCACGUGCGGGAGAGAAAUUGCCGUGGGAAACGGAAACGUUACCCUCCUCCUCCCUGCCCUCCCCUAUCGAGCGCCUUCAUCGGCGCCUCCCCUCUCCGCCCCCUUCGCCCGGGGGGGUGCGCGGAGAGCCCUCAACCCCCGCGGAGAGCUCAGCGCACCGCGCGCGCGAUUCGCUCGAUCCCUGCGAUGCCGCCGCCUUCCCCCAAGUAGUCGCGCAGCCGGGGACCAACAGCUCUCCGCGACUCAUUCCGCGAACUUCCGCGGCGUCUCGAAACGCCGUCAGCUCUCGAAACGCCUUCAGCCCUCGAAGCGCCAUUCAGUCGCAGCGCGCGUCGCACUUACAGCCGCCGCAGUCCCCGCGGAAAGACAUUCGCGACAAGAGCGGAGCUGUGCAAACAGCGGCGCCGCGCCGCCGCGUGCCGCUGACUCCGUCGGAUCUCGAGCCGCCGCAAGAAUCGACGGCGGAAGCGCUGAGAGGCGCCGGUGAAGCGGAAGGCGCCGGAGCGGGAGCGGGAGGGGUGCGCGGAACAGCGGCCAACCCGCCCCUUGCUGCCCCCGCCGCCGUAGGGCCUGGCGGGGCUGCCGUUCGGAUCGAGGGCCUGAAAUCCGCGUCGGCGGAAGGGCGCUACAGGUGCGACAUCUGCGGCGCGCGCUUCCACAAGCCGCAGGCGCUGGGCGGCCACAAGGGCAGCCACCGGCAGGCGCUGGCGCAGCAGUCGCAGGCGUACGCGCAGGCGCAAGCGCUUUCCGCAUUUUCGCAGCCCCCCCCCGCCACGCCACCGGCAGGUGCGCGCGCGGGCUGGAGGAGCGGCGGAGCUGCGCCGCUGGCCCCGCAGCCGUUUGAGGCGCCGACACAAAGCCUCCGGAACUCCGCAGCGGCCGCGCUGCGCGGCGCCAUCGCGGAACGAAGCAGCGGCGCCGCCACUUUCUCAGCGCUGCGGUAUGCAAUGACGACGGCGUCGUUUACCGCCUCCGAUUCUCAAGCAUCCGCGUCGUUUCUGCGCCGACCCCACCCUUUCCCGCCGCCCCCGACUCCGUUCGAGGCGCCGCCGCCUCAAGAGCCGCCCCCGGCGGCAUCCCCGCGCGGCUUGCGUGACAGGAUCGCGGCGCUCGAUUGCUCCCCUCCGUCCGAUCAUCUGAUCAGCGACGCGCACGAGGUCCCCUCGGGCGUGACGCGAAGCUUACGAGACGUUGGAUCAGAUCGAUCGGACAGCGGUGGCGGCGGUGGCGGCGGCGGCGGCGGUCACCGCCAGCGAAGCGGAUUUCCGCACCGUGCAGGAAACAACGGCGGCUUCCUCCCAGACUCCGUCCCAGGCGCGGCUGCACCUGGAGCUAGCCGGCAGUACUGGGGCCAUGGCGGCGCCACUGCCGCUGGCGGCGGCGGCGGCGGCGGCGGCGGGAGCCUUUCCGCGUUCCUGGGAGCUUCGGCGUUCGGGUCGUUCGGGUCGUUCGGGUCCGUCGGAGGGUUUCCGUUUGGGUGUGGCAAGCCGUUGCCGGAAACUGUUGGAAUCGCGACGCCUGGGAAGGGGAAGACGCCCAAGACGCCUGGAACGCCCAAGAACCCGCCGCCUUGUGCUGAUCCCGCUCCCGACGAGUCACCUAGGGUGGAGCGUCCUUGCGAAACGGCCGUGUUUGACGACCUACCGGCUCCUCCACCUGUGCCCGAGUCACCUGUGCCUGGGGUUUUACCCGAGUCGUGGGAAAAGCAGCUGAUUAGAAUGUUCUUCCAGCAGCAGCAGCAGCAGCAGCAGCAGCAGCAGCAGCAGCAGCAGCAGCAGCAGAUGUCGCGUUCGCAUGCGGAAGCGGACGAAUCGAACCUGUCGCUCUGGUUCAAGCAGCAGCUGAACGCCAGGCUCGGGAAUGAGAGGCUCGAGAAUGACAGGCUCGGAACCAGUUCGCCAGGUGAUUUGCCACUCGUUCGGGGUUUUGCUCCACACUCAGCGGCAUGUCAUGAUGCUGGCUCGGCAGCAGGUUUGGCAGCAACAGGCUCAGCAGCAGCACCCGUUCGUGGAUCUGAUUCGCCCACUGCAGCUCUGGACGCCAGGAACAGUAACCCUAGGGUUGGUGCUCUUCUUGGUGAAUCUUGUGUAGAUUCUGCGAAUGCCUCGGGGAAAGGAGGUAGUCGCCAAUCUGCAGCGGCAGCAGCAGCAGCAGCAGCAGCAGCAGCAGCAGCAGCAGCAGCAGCAGCAGCAGCAGGAGCAGCAGCACUAUCUGGGCUGCCUGCUGCCGGGGAUGCAGCGAUUUUUGGGACACCUCGAAAGGAAUGGGGAGGAAGCCAGAAGGACAGCGCGUGGGCUGCCAAGGCAGGACUGCAUGCGGGGGCGUGUGACGGGAUGGGGGUGGAGGAGGGAGGACUCGGGGGAAAGAAAGGGAGGGAGAGGGGGGUGGGGGGGCAGAGGCAGGAGGGGGGUGUGAAGCGCAGCCGUGUGGGUGGUGCGCAUUUGAGCCUGUCGCUGGACGUGUGGGGCGGUGGCGGUUCUGAUGGCGCUGCUGCUGCUGCUGCUGUAGGCAUGGGUGAGAAUGCUGCGAACUGUACAGGAGAUUUGGCAGGGGGGAUAGGAGGAGGAGAAGGAGGAAGAGGAGGAGGAGGAGGAGGAGGAGGAGGAAUGGGAGUAUGGGGGGGUGGAAUGGGGACGCGGGGCGGUUGGGUAGGACGGAAGGGAGGGGAGAUGAGAUGCCCUGUGUCAAGUCAGCCAAUCAGACGGUGGGGUCAAGGCAAGGGGGAGAUGAAGCAGGGGGGCGGUGCGAGGGAAGGGGAGAGGGGAGAAGACACGCGGCCAGCGGUGGGAGGCGAGCAGCACAGGACAAGGGACGGCGUACGAUGGGCGGGUGACGAAAGAGAGGAUGGAGAGAGAGAGGAUGGUUUGAGUCCGGGCGUAACGCUGGACUUGGAUUGGCGAGACGGGAGACGGUUGUUUGCGAUGCGAGGAGGAGGAGGAAGAGGAGGAGGAGGAAGAGAGAAAGGGAAGGAUGUGAAGCUUGCGGAUUGGGAACAGCCGGAGCUUCUGCUGCUUCUGCUGGUGCGGCUGCUGGUGCUGCAAGUAGCAGCUCUGCUGUUGUGCCUGCGGCUGUGGCUGUGUCUGCAGCUGCUCCUGUUGCAGUUAUGGGGGCGUCUGGAGGUGGAGGCGCAGGGGGUGCUGGCAUGCGGCUGUUUGGAGUGGACAUGGUGUCGCCACGCUGAAGGCAGGGCAGCGAGGCAGCGAGGCAGCGAGGCAGCGAGGCAGCGAGGCAGCAUGACAGCGAGGCAGGCUAGUGGUUCUUCAGUUGCUCUGUCAGGCACUUAUGGCCAAUGUCGUUCAAUGCAGGUUAAUGAUGAGAUUCAAUGCCACUCAAUAAUGGCCUGCGUUCAGACGCUGAUGCGCGCGCCCUGUGCACAGUUUGCACGCAAGCAAGCCCACAUAAGGUGACUUUUGAGUCGAGGUGACUUUUGAGUCGACUCAAAAGUCGCCCUGUGCACAGUUUGCACGCAAGCAAGCCCACAUGACCUAGCACCGGUGCUUCGGAGCACAGACACGCACUCCUUGUACCA